UGUAUACAUUAUAAAAAAUAGUCAUACUAAAGUAGGUAACUUCAGUAUUUUUUAAAGUUUGACUGUGAAGGAUGCAACAAUGAGAUAUUAAAUUGAAUACAUUUAGUCUUUUUUCCGUCUUUUGACAGUUACAUUCAAUAUAAAUCAUUAAAUCGAUACAUAAGACUUUUGAUAAUCAUCAUAUAAGCAUGUUUCUUAAUAUAGCAGCUGAAGCAGCCAGAGCAAAUAUUCUCAUCUAUUAAAUUUCAAAUUAAAUAAAAAUUAAAACAGCCAAAAUCACAUAGGAAAUUAUAUGAAAUGUGAUCUUUCUGCCUAAGAUUUUGCAAAAUAGUGAGGAAGAUAAAAUAUUGUGAAACUUGGUGAUCACUUGCAAUUUUGGCUAUUACAUACAUGAUAUUCACUUAUGUAUAUGAUAUAUACUUAUGUAUAUGUAUACAACAUAUAAGGUACUUCAUGGUGAUUUACUGAAAAGGUAUGCAUCACCAAACAUAAGAAAUUAAUGUAGUGGGAAUUUCAUAUUUUAUAUAACAUGUAGCUUGGUGUUGGAUUUUUUUGUUCUGAUUUAGUGGAAGGAAAAUAACUGCAGAAUGGAAUACUUGGGUUUUUUUUCAUUUAUUUAAUUCAAUACAAAAUGACAACUUUUGCUUUAUUCUCCAUAUGCAUGCCCACACAAAGUUUUGCUAGGUUUCAACAUACAACAGUGCAAACUCAUUACUUUGGUAAAGCAGUCAGCGAUGAACAAUACAAAGAUCCUUUUAAACUUGGAGGGAAAGACUUGAAAAAUCUCUAUGAGGAUAUUAAAAAGGAAUUACGGGUUUCUACUACAGAGCUUAAAGAAAUGUGUGACUACUACUUUGAUGGUAAAGGGAAGGCCUUUCGGCCAAUUAUUGUGGCACUAAUGGCCAGAGCAUGCAAUUUUCAUCAUAACAAUUCUGGAGAAGUGAAGGCAAACCAGCGCUCUGUAGCAUUAAUUGCAGAAAUGAUCCAUACCGCUACAUUAGUUCAUGAUGAUGUAAUUGAUGAUGCUAAUUCACGAAGAGGAAAAGUUACUGUUAAUCAAAUCUGGGGGGAAAGGAAGGCAAUCUUAGCUGGUGAUUUCAUCCUUUCUACGGCAUCUUUAGUUUUAGCACGUAUUGGGAACACAACUGUCCUUUCUCUAAUAACGCAAGUGAUUGAAGAUCUGGUGCGUGGUGAAUUUCUUCAGCUGGGUUCCAAAGAAAAUGAAAAUGAGAGAUUUUCUCACUACCUCGAAAAAACUUUUAAGAAGACUGCAAGUCUUAUAGCACACAGCUGUAAAGCAGUUUCUGUACUAGGCUGUCCUGAUCCAAAAGUUCAUGAAAUUGCAUAUCUAUAUGGAAAAAACCUUGGGAUAGCAUUUCAGUUGGUAGAUGAUGUGCUAGAUUUUACAUCAUGUUCUGAACAGCUAGGAAAGCCUGCAUCAGCGGACCUUAAACUUGGAAUAGCCACUGGACCCGUCUUAUUUGCUUGCCAGCAAUUCCCAGAAAUUAAUGCCAUGAUAAUGAGGCGAUUCACUUACCCAGGCGAUGUCCAACGUGCCCAGGAAUUUGUAUUACAGAGUGGUGGCAUACAGCAAACAAACUACCUCGCACAGCGUUAUUGCCAUGAGGCAGUGAAGGAGAUUAGCAAACUUCGACCAUCUCCAGAAAGAGAUGCUCUUAUGCAGCUGGCAGAGAUUGUUUUGUCUCGAGACAAAUAACCCUCUUCUUCCUGAUGAUUCUGGCAGCUAUUUUACCAGACUGUGCCUAAACUGUUUCAGAACAUCUUGGCUUGCUUCUGGUGGAGUUCCCAUUUUUUUAAAAAAAGUUUUCCUAGUUAAGUAACUAGGCUUAUGAAAUGCUUUUAUUGAAGAAAGCCUUAUGCAACAGUGAAACACAAUCAGUCUGUUAAAUUGGUAGCAGCAUGUGGUACCUAUGUUUUUAAUGAAGAGGUUUCUUGUUUUAUGUGGGCAUUUGUUUACACUGUUCACUAUUGAUGCUGAAGGCCACAAACAAUAAAAUACAAUCAGUGUAUUAAA